CAACAUCUUGUAGCGGACAGAAGACGCGACCGCACGGAGUGGAACGACAAAAACGGCGAAACACUCACAAAAGCGGAUCGUGGCAAUGACCCAGAAGCAGUAGAGCGUAUCCCUCGCAAACAUAAUCGAUCUGGAUCUGAGAGAUUGUAGAUGGAUUCUAAUUCUUGCAGAAGUUUCUAAAUGCAGCUUUUCAGUGCGCCAUGAAACGGUCGCUCAACUUGAGGACCGCUAGUGGGCAAGACCUUGUUUAUUUCCACUCAUGAUCACGCAGCACGGAAGAUUUUUGUGUCCUGACGCUGCAAGGGGAAUGUCACAGGACUGGAUGAACAUCUUUCAGACAGCCCGGGAAGUACUAGAUGUUUGCAAUGCAUAGAACAAGAGGUCUAUGGAGAGAAAAAAGUUUGUCACAGUCACUAAGUUGCAGGUUUUGCAUUGCAAAUUUUUUUUGCAUCACAACUUCUUCUUGUAUUGCAGAAACACUAGGGAAAUCCCUUAUGAAGUGUGGCUGUGAUGCAUUUUUACGCAUGACAGACAAUUUUGUCUUGCAAAAAUGCCCAUGGGUGAUCGUGGCGAACUUUUUUCUUUUCAUAAGGUCCUGCACUUCGACCAGUUUCCAGCUCUUCUCCGGCCCCCGGUGGAAGCGGAUCCAUUUUACCUGAGCGAGAUAUGAAUUGCAAAAGUGUCUGGGUCUGGAAGAAUGGCAGACUUGUCAUGCAGGUUUUCCAUGACCCAUCAGGUCUGGUAUGUAGGACAUAGCAUGACAGAUUCAGAUUCUGUGAGAGCUCUAUCAUGCCUAUCCUGCAUGAGAAACUGCCUCGCGAUUAGGUCAAAAGUGGACAGCUUGUGGUAAUCAUGCAACACAGGUGUCUUUUUACAUGAUUCAGAUUUAGCAUGACAAGUUGCAUCCUUCCAGACCCAGACACUUUUACAUUUGAUACGAGAAGCUGCGCCACCAAAGCAGCGGGUUUAACUGGCGCAAUAUCCAGUGCAAAUCAUAUGUCCAGGUCUGGAAAGUUGGAACUUGUCAUGCUAGCUGUACAUCCCUGGGUGGAAAUCUGUAUUGCAUACCCAACACAAGUCGCAGCCUCUCUUUUCAUGCGACAAAACGUAGUUUCUCGUGCGGACCACUGCACUACGAGAAAGCGUUUUAGCAAGUUGUCAUGCUGGGGCGCAAUCGGACGUGUUUCCAUCAUCUACAUUGAUUUUAGUAUCACAAGUUCUCUCCAGAGGACCCAGACAUGCUUGCAAUUGAUACGCAACGCUUUGGUGCCUGUCAUCGGAUUCAACUUCGCCAAUCUGCUCUUCGUCUACCCCUUUGCCGUCAAUG